AUGGUAUCGCCACGGCGAGCCACGGCGAGCCACGGCGAGCCACAGCGGCGCACUGUUCGACUCGCAAGGACGGGAUCCCCACUGAGUCGACCUCUCCUCUACUUUCUCCCUUCCAUUCCUUACACUCCCAGCACAUCACAAGCAGACAUUCCCUUCAGUAUGUUCUCGAAACUCAGACGCAAGCUUGACAAGGAUUCCGGCUCGGACCCCGUCGAACGAAGCACCGAUCGAGGCUCGGAGUCCGAGCCCCCGCCCCUCUACGGCGCCGAUGAAGGAGCUUCAUCGUCGCAGCACCAGCAGCAACAACAGCAGCCACAACCUCCACAAGGCUACAACGACAGUAAAGGCAACCAGUCCGAUUAUCAACAGCCUCAACAGCACUACAACCAGAACGCUCUACCUCAAUGUGAGUCACCCGAGUCGUGCAAGUUGCUCACCAUUCGGCGGUGUCCGGAUCCGGAUCCCCACAUGCGGCCGGAUCGCGAUCGUAGGUCUCACGCUCGUACUGAUCCGAGCCUCGACCAUGAUUGGUUUUCGCUGCGGCAGCCUUCGGUCAAGAAGGUGCUCCAUUAGAGUACCACAUCUACAGGGCGCCGGGCAAGUUUCGUGAUGAGAUCGUCACAGGUAAGUUGUCGCACGCAGAUCAGAGGCACCCUCCUUUUUGAGAUUGCAAAGCACGAACAUCUGACACUGGAACCGAUCAUGCCUCUUCGUCUUCGAAUGGGCCUAACAGGACCCGACAAGAACUUCAUCUAGUGAGCUUCUCUAACAAAUUGAUUGAACCUUUCCAACAUCCUCCUGAUUUAUUUCCACUGCUUUGUCUUGAAGCUACUACAUCGAUUACAGUAUCCGCUUUUCCGGCGCUCAAACCGUGAUCACCAAAGGCGGGCAAGAUGGUGAGUGAAUAUUUACUCUUUACUCCUCGAGAUGUAAACUUUCCGGAAACUCAAGCCGUGCCAUGUUUCAGGGCCUCUGGUUUGUACCUCUAGCCAAGGAUGGUCAACAACAAAGAAUAUAACCAUGGCGUAAGUCCCCCAAGUCCUGCUGCGGUGAACGGACCCCGAGGACUCUGACUGAUCCAUCCCGCCACUGCCCUCCACCGUAGCAAUGGAUGGACGACGCAGCUCUUUCGUACCAACGCGCUCACUUUUUCGCACGAGUACCGUGGCUUUGAUGGCCAAUCGCAUUUCAAAUGGGUCGUCAACCGAUUCACAAAUGAUUUCACCGUUCGUCCUUCUACUAAGCCAGUCCAGUCCUUCCUUCGCGAAACCUACCGAACUAACUCGGACGUCGCGGAAGAAAUAGCUCACUACAAAAGCACCAGAUGGCUCCAAAAUAUUCGUGGCGAAGUGGGACAAUAGUCACUUCUCCUUUAUGAAAGAGGGCAAACUGUUCAUCAGUCCGGUGCGCACCGCAUUCGUCUCAGUAUAUUUUGCGGCAAGGCGCCUUUCAACCAUAACUGAUGAACCUAACACACGUGUUUUACCACUACAUAGGCCUACGCAAAUGAGACCGAACUAAUCGUGAUAACGGGGACCGCGGUCUCAGGUAAGUCAAACGUGCGAAUCAGUUCCAGCCGCUCAUACGCUGAUGCUCAAACUACUGGCGUUGUAACUGUCAGAGUGGCUUCACGAGCACAAUAGAUGA